CUGUAUGUCACGUGACCCGAACACCUUCACGCCAACUUCCGCAGGUGGAGCCUCCCUGAAUUCCACACGUUGUUUUAACGGACAUAGCUCAGGUGUUAGGAUGAGUCGGCAGCGUGCAGACUCCCAGGGGUCCCUGGGGCCUGAUGAUGAUGUCAUGCCAUACAGUGAUGAUGAGACAGACGAUGAACUGGAACCACCAAGCUCUGAAGGGGAACCAGACGAAGAAGAGCCAGAAGCGCCCCCUCCGGUAGAGGUUAGACCCAGCGAGGCCAAUUGGAAGGUGAAAGCCAAUGACCGACCUUACCACCACUUGCCAGAGUUUCAGAAAAAAGUCUUCCUGUGCAUCAAAAAGAGCAGAUACUCUGGGAACGCCAUCAAAACAUACAAGUACAAUGUCCUCACCUUCAUCCCGCUGAACCUGUAUGAGCAGUUUAAGAGGGCUGCCAACUUGUACUUCCUUGCUCUGCUCAUCUUACAGAUUAUUCCAGACAUUUCCACUCUGCCCUGGUACACCACACUGGUUCCUCUGGUCGUUGUGCUGGGAAUCACUGCCAUCAAAGACCUGGCGGAUGAUCUGGCACGGCACAAGAUGGACAAGGAAAUCAACAACAGGAAGUGUGAGGUUCUGUUGAAUGGCAGGUUUCAGGUAUCAAAGUGGAUGGAUAUCCAGGUCGGAGAUGUGGUUCGUCUCAAGAAAAAUGACUUCAUUCCGGCUGACAUCUUGCUGCUAUCGAGCUCCAACCCAAACAGCCUGUGUUAUGUAGAAACAGCUGAGCUUGAUGGAGAAACCAACCUAAAGUUUAAGAUGGGACUUAAAGUGACUGAUGAGAAACUGCAGGAAGAACAUCAGCUGGCUGAUUUUGAUGCUCUGAUCGAUUGUGAGGAGCCGAACAACCGUCUGGACAAGUUCAUGGGGACAAUGCUGUGGCAGAGGCAGCGCUACCCCCUGGACCUGGACAACAUGCUGCUUCGAGGCUGCACGAUCAGAAACACUGACGUGUGCCACGGCCUGGUCAUCUUUGCAGGUGCCGACACUAAAAUCAUGAAGAACAGUGGGAAGACACGGUUCAAGCGAACCAAAAUUGAUGAGCUGAUGAACUAUGCGGUUUACACAAUCUUUGUGCUGCUAAUCCUGGUUGCAGCAGGUCUGGCCAUCGGUCACACCUACUGGUACCAGUACAUUGGCAUAAAAGCCUGGUAUCUGAAUGAUGGCAAAACCCAGACCGCCUCCUACAGAGGCUUUCUCAGCUUCUGGGGAUACAUCAUCGUCCUCAACACCAUGGUGCCCAUUUCCCUAUAUGUCAGUGUGGAGGUGAUUCGUCUGGGCCAGAGCAAGUUUAUCAACUGGGACCUGCAGAUGUAUUUUUCAGAGAAAGACACUCCAGCUAAGGCUCGAACAACAACCCUGAAUGAACAGCUCGGUCAGAUUGAAUACAUCUUCUCCGACAAGACGGGAACUCUGACACAGAACAUCAUGGAGUUCAAGAAGUGCAACAUUUCAGGACAAAACUACGGUGGCCCAACCACUGCUGAGGGAGGGUCAACACAAAGACGAAAGCUGGUGGACUGGAGCUGGAACCGCUACGCAGACAAAAAGUUCCAGUUUGUGGAUCAGUCGCUGGUUGACUGUGUGCGAUCUAAGACGAACAAAGAUGCUACAGAGUUCUUCAAACUGCUCUCACUCUGCCACACUGUCAUGGUGGAGCACAAAGAAGGUGAUCUGGUGUACCAGGCGGCGUCUCCUGAUGAAGGUGCCCUGGUGACGGCAGCCAGAAACUUUGGUUACGUGUUCCUGUCUCGUACGCAGGACACCAUCACCAUCUGGGAGAUGGAUCAGGAGGCAACAUACGAAAUGUUAGCGCUGCUCGACUUCAACUCUGACCGCAAGCGGAUGUCCAUCAUCUUAAAGUUUCCCGAUGGUCGUAUUCGUCUCUAUUGUAAAGGAGCAGACACCGUCAUCUAUGAGCGACUCUCCCCCAGCAGCAAACACAAGGAAACUACUCAGUCUGCUCUGGAUAUCUUUGCCAACGAGACCUUGAGGACACUGUGCUUGUGUUACAAAGACAUCAGCGCGGAAGAAUAUAACGCCUGGUCUAGGAAACACAAAGAGGCCCAGGUGGUCAUGGCCAACCGAGACGCUGCUCUUGACCAGGUGUACGAGCAAAUCGAGAAAGACCUCAUGCUGAUUGGGGCGACAGCCAUCGAGGACAAACUGCAGGAUGGAGUGCCAGAGACCAUCGCCAAACUGGCCAACGCCAACAUCAAGAUCUGGGUACUGACUGGAGAUAAGAAAGAAACGGCAGAAAACAUCGGCUAUUCCUGUUCACUUCUGACAGACGACAUGCAGAUCCACUAUGGAGAAGAUGUCAAGGGUGUGGAGCUGGGGGCGGCUGUGGCUCAGGAGGCCAACAGGAGAAAUGACCCUUCAUCUUACCGUCGAGGCAACAAAAAAUCUACAGAGGCUUUCUUCACAGGACAGGGCAAAAAUGCUCUGAUCAUCACUGGUGGAUGGCUGAAUGAGAUUCUGUAUGAAAAGAAGAAGAAACGCCGUCGUCUGCGUCUUCGUCGUCUGAAAAAGCGAGCACCACCAGCGAACCCUCAGGAUGGACAGCCGAUGGACGAAAAAGAAAAAGAGAUGAGACAGAUUGACUUUGUGGACAUGGCCUGUGAGUGCGAGGCGGUGAUCUGCUGUCGUGUCACACCCAAACAGAAGGCCAACGUGGUGAAUCUGGUGAAGAAGUACAAGAAGGCUGUGACCCUGUCCAUCGGAGACGGAGCCAACGAUGUCAACAUGAUCAAGAGUGCAGACAUCGGUGUUGGUAUCAGCGGUCAAGAGGGGAUGCAGGCCGUCAUGUCCAGCGACUAUGCCUUCGCUCAGUUCUCUUACUUGCAGCGCCUCCUGCUGGUGCAUGGACGUUGGUCCUACAUCAGAAUGUGCAAGUUCCUGCGGUACUUUUUCUUCAAGAACUUUGCCUUCACGCUAGUCCACUUCUGGUACUCCUUCUUCAGCGGAUACUCAUCACAGGUCGCCUAUGAAGACUGGUUCAUCACUCUCUACAAUCUCUGUUACAGCAGCUUACCUGUUCUACUAGUUGGUCUUCUUGACCAGGACGUUAAUGACAAACUGAGCCUGAAGUUCCCGAAACUCUACUUGCCCGGCCAGCAGGGGAAACUGUUUAACUACAAGAAAUUCAUCAUCAGCUUGUUCCACGGCAUCUUCGUCUCACUCACCAUCUUCUUCAUCCCCUAUGGAGCCUUUUUGCAGACCAUGGGGGAGGAUGGAGAAGCACCGUCCGACCUCCAGUCCUUUGCUGUUGUCACCGCCUCGUCGCUGGUUUUUACCGUCAACCUGCAGAUCUCUCUGGAUACCUCCUACUGGACCUUUGUCAACUGCUUUGCAGUUUUGGGAAGCAUAGCCAUCUAUUUUGGCAUCAUGUUUGACAUCCACAGCGCUGGAAUACAUGUCAUCUUCACCUCAGUGUUUACCUUCACGGGUGUAGCCUCAAACGCUCUACGUCAGCCGUACCUGUGGUUAACAAUCAUCUUGACUGUAAGCAUCAGCCUGCUGCCCAUCAUCUGCAUCCAGUUCCUCUGUCAGACCAUCUGGCCCUCUGUAGGAGACAAGAUCCAGAGAGACAGAAAGAAGUAUGCGAAGGAGAUUAAGAAGCAGGAGGAGGAGGAGGAGGAGAAGAGAAGGAUUCAAGCCUUCCAGCGUGGCCGGCGUUCCCGACGCUCCGCCUACGCCUUCUCUCACUCUCGUGGCUAUGCUGACCUCAUCGCCUCUGGGCGGAGCAUUCGCCGGCGACCACAGGCCCGUGGCGGAGCACAGGAGAGCAUCAGGGAGGUUCCCCAGAGAGAGGCCGAAAACAUCUGAUGGGGCUGCACGGGAGACUGAGCGAAACUGUAGCUGCGGGGGUUUCAAAUCGUGCCAGGAGUGCUUGGUAGUUCUUGACUUUUAUCUGAGGAGUUGCUGCUAAAACAGUUUGCAUCAAGAGCUCUGCACAGAAACAUCAGCCUAGUUGGAGCUUAAGGGGGGGUCUUUGGGAGAUUCAAGUGCCUUAGGAGGUGAUGAAGCAAGAGUUCCCGAAAAGAAAUGAUAUGAAAAAGGGGCUCGUUUUACCACCACCAUGUUCACCUGAUGUGCAGAAAUUGAAAUGAAGCACUACUGAAUGCACUUUUGCUCCUGUCUGACAUCAACUCCAGUUAUUCUUUUAUGAACAGACUCUGUUUGUUAAAAUACAAAACAGCUCACCAAAGAGACGAUGGCCAUUACCAGGGUCUGAAAUCAUGCAGUGACUGACAAUGUUGUUUAACUCAGGACUUUUAAAUUCAAAGCUUUAUUUUUAUUCAGUUUGUCCCUGCUGACCUCUACUAUGACUGGGCAGGGAAAGUUAAUGAUACCUUGACAUUCACAGUUUCAGCCUGUCUGUGAAGUACCUGAUAUAUUACCGUUUUAUUCAAAUCCAGUUAGUUUGUCCAUUAACAAUGUGUAAUCAGGCUGCAAUAUUAGCCUGGUUUUAUUUCUGUCCAUUGAGAGGCAAACAAACACUUUCUUCACAUUGAAAACAGCAGGCUAAAGCGAAACAUGUCAAAGUAUGUUUUAUUACAAAUAAAGGAGGGAUGUUACUGUGCAAGGUGGUCAGAUGUUACAAUGUGUCUUAACUUAAAAAUAAAUUGUGAAUAGAGUCAUCUUUCUUUCAGCCUCAACAUCUUUUAAAUAUCUGUUUCUAAUCUGGAUCCUCAUUUUCCCCUGUAUCUUGCAUUUAGUUCUGUUUAUUAUUAAGGGGGUGUAAACAAAUUCUAUAGGGAACGUGCAUGGAGCUCUGUAUCGUCUUCUGUCAAUGUCUUCUCAGUUUACUAAAAGAUGAUGGUUUUGUUUUGCAGUCCUGUAAUCUGAUAUCAGGAUAUCUGCGUAAAUCAAAAACUGAAACAUUCCUGUUCUGACUGCUACUGUAGCCACUUCAUGCUAGUGUUAUUCUAUGCAGAUAAUGUUCUUUUAUUACUGAAUGAAUACAGGAAGUAGAUUGGAACUGCUGGUGAUGGUAGCAGCAGCAGUGUGGACUCUGUUAUGAAAUGCUAUUUUUAUCAUGCAGUUGUUAAUAAAAUCCAAG